AUGGACAACAGAGAAGACGACAGUUUCUUUGAAGAAAGUAAAAAAGGUUUUGAAGCAACAACAGAAGAAGAAUUUGUUAUUAAUAACAAAAAGGUUGAAGAAACAAAACCAUUUGACGACUAUUUCACGCCAGAGCAAUCAGACUUGGUCUAUGAAAGAAGCGAAUUUAUUACAGACCCAAGCUUGAUCCCAAAAGAAUUAAUCGAAAGAAGAAAAGGGUAUAACAAGAGAGGAAAUAACAAAAGAAGGUAUGACACAAAACCUCGGAAACCCUCCGUAAUGGCUCACGAGACUUUACAAUCGAGAGUCAAACCACUUGGCAAAACUGAUGAGUUUGGGGCACCACUAACAGCUCGUAGAAUUGCUGACAGAAGCGAGAAAGAGUCUGAAGAUAUCCGCCCGAAGUUUAUUAUAAAAAAUAAGGUCGACGAGAUUCCACACUUUGCUUCGGAAACGACAAUGGAGUCAUCGGCAUCAACAGACGAGAACUUCUUUGUUACCGACAAAAGCGAUUUCUUCUCUAUCGACGACGACUUUAGUUUGUUUGGCUCCGAGAAGAAACAGCCCAGUUCGUCGGAGGAUGUACAACUCUACUAA